GAAGUGAGGUGAGGCAUUUCCGGCGGCUUGCUGCAGGCGCGGGGGCUACCCAUGGCGGGGUUCUUGAAGCUGGUGUGUGCUUCCUUUCAGCGUAAAGGGUUCCACACUGCCAGGAGUCACUGCAAGAAUCGGACAGGUGCUGAGCACCUGUGGCUGACUCGGCAUCUUAGGGACCCAUUUGUGAAGGCUGCGAAGGUGGAGAGUUAUCGGUGUCGAAGCGCCUUCAAGCUCCUGGAGAUGAAUGAGAGGCAUCAGAUUCUGCGGCCUGGCCUUCGGGUGUUAGACUGUGGGGCAGCUCCUGGGGCGUGGAGUCAGGUGGCGGUGCGGAAAGUCAAUGCCACAGGCACAGAUCUCAGCUCUCCUGUUGGCUUUGUGCUUGGGGUGGAUCUUCUUCACAUACUCCCCCUGGAAGGAGCAACUUUUCUGUGUCCUGCUGAUGUGACUGACCCAAGAACCUCACAGAGAAUCCUAGAACUGCUUCCUGGCGGGAGAGCAGAUGUGAUUCUGAGUGACAUGGCGCCCAAUGCCACAGGGGUCAGGGACCUCGAUCACGACAGGCUCAUCAGCCUGUGCCUGUCCCUUCUGGGCAUGACCCCAGACAUCCUCCACCCUGGGGGAACAUUCCUUUGUAAAACAUGGGCUGGAAGUCAAAGCCGUCAGUUACAGAGUAGACUGACAGAGGAAUUCCAGAGUGUAAGGAUCAUCAAACCGGAAGCCAGCAGGAAAGAAUCAUCAGAAAUGUACUUCUUGGCCACACAAUACCAUGGAAGGAAGGGCACUGUGAAGCAGUGAGGAUUUCUUGUGCCAUUUUCAUAGUGGUUAUUAGCUCCUUUUAAGCUCUAAAUGUAGGUUGAGCUCCUUCCUGAGAAGUUCCUGGGAGAUCUGAGCUUAUCUGGGAGAUGGAACAGGUCAAGUUUCACCAUGUUGGCCAGGCUGGUCUUGAACUCCUGACCUCAGGUGAGAGAGGGAGUUUUUCUCUCUCUUUCUCCCUCUGUCUCUCUUUAACCAAAAAGAGAUGACAAAAGUAAAUUCAGGGACUAUGGAAAAUGAAAAAGUCCUCUAUAUCGUGAUUUGUGAAGAUAAAGUUACCAAGAAAAAGAGAUAGGUGAGGAUAGAAGGAUGAAGAAAGACAGACUAUAGGAAGGAUCAGAAGGGAUUCGUUGAGGCAGGGAUGGGUAUGCCCAUGUGUGCCUUCAUCUUAUAGACUGUUAAACUGUUACACAGAAACAGGUGUAAGAACAUCCACAGGUUUCCAGUUAUUCGUUUAGCUGUUUAGUGUAAAGUAAAAAAUCUGGAGGCUGGGUGAGGCUACUCACACCUGUAAUCCCAGGGCUUUGGGAGGCUGAGACAGGGGGAUCACUUGAGGUCAGGAGUUCAAGACCAGCCUGACCGAAAGUGCCCCCCAUCUCUACAAACAUGGAGAAACAACCAAACCAAAAGAAGAAUCUGAAAUUUCCAUCUGGUGGAUUAACUUCUGUCUUUCUGGUGAAUAAUCUAGAAAUUCAUGCAUUCUUCAAGCAGCAAGAGUUCCCAGAGCAAUUAGGGAAGACGUAUUGUUUCAUUUAUGCAUGUGGUGAGUGUGCUUUGGUUUGUGCUGGAAAUAAAUACUGGUGUCUGGGCUCCCAAGACCAUAAAGGUAAUUGCCAAAGCAAGCAGUGAUGUGGUGUGUUUAUUUUCUUUUACUCUUCUCGGAACUUGAUGCAGCUUUAUAUUUUAAUAAAAUAAUAGAGAUUGCAUUAUUUUA